CUCCUCUUUCUCUUCCUCUUCUUCUCCUCUUCCUUAAACGAAUACCAUUCCACUCUCUCUCAUUCUUCUUUCACCCCUUCCAAUGUCAGAAAAACCAAACACACAACAACCCCAGAUGGAGUAGUCUCAUCAGCUUCUACGAACAAAAGCAGUACUGCACACAAGGUCAUAAAAAACAACGUCAAAAAGAAAAGUAGCUUAGAGAGAAAUGAAGAAGAUUUAGCUCAAGCAAGGGCAGCGAUACGCGAAGCAGUGCGGUCAAGGAAGUACUAUACUUCUGAGAAGAAAGAAACUUUUAUCCCUAGAGGCUCCGUUUACAGAAAUCCAUAUGCUUUUCAUCAGAGCCACAUAGAGAUGGUGAAGAGGUUCAGGGUGUGGAGCUACAGCGAAGGAGAGCAGCCUUUAGUGCACAAUGGGCCUGUAAACGACAUAUACGCCAUAGAAGGCCAAUUCAUCUCAGAAAUAGAAAGUGGGAAAAUUUUCUGCAGAGCUAGCCACCCGGAAGAGGCGCACGUGUUUUUCCUGCCCUUAAGCGUAACCAACAUUGUUGACUAUGUUUAUAAGCCUAUUACCUCCGAAACUGAUUUCCAUCGUGAUCGCCUGCAACACAUUGUAAUGGACUACAUUAAGGUUGUAGCAGACAAGCAUCCUUACUGGAACAGAAGCAAUGGCGCCGACCAUUUCAUGCUUUCGUGUCACGAUUGGGCACUAGAUGUAUCAGUUGCGAAUCCUGAACUCUUUGAGAACUUCGUGAGGGUCCUAUGCAAUGCCAACACCUCUGAAGGAUUCCGGCCGAUAAGAGACGUCUCACUACCUGAAAUUCACUUACUGUUUGGGACGCUCAGCACCGCGGUCCAAGGCCACGCACCAAGCGACCGCCCGAUCCUCGCCUUCUUUGCCGGCCGGGCGCACGGAGACAUCCGGAAAUUCUUGUUUGAGCAUUGGAAGGACAAAGAUAGCGAUGUACAAGUCCAUGAGUAUCUCCCUAAGGGCCCAAAUUACAUCAAAAUAAUGGGGCAGGUAAAGUAUUGCUUGUGCCCUAGUGGGUUUGAAGUGGCAAGCCCUAGAGUAGUGGAAGCAAUUUACAUGGGGUGUGUGCCUGUGAUCAUCUCUGAUGGCUAUCAUUUACCCUUCAGUGAUGUGCUUAAUUGGAACCAAUUUUCAGUACAAAUUGCUGUGGAGAGGAUACCAGAGAUCAAGACAAUCUUACAAGGGAUUCCCAAUGAGAAGUACUUGAAAAUGCAAAAGAAGGUAUUGAAAGUGCAAAGGCAUUUUGUGCUGAACCGGCCUGCUAAGCCAUUUGAUGCCAUUCACAUGGUUCUUCACUCUGUGUGGCUGAGGAGACUAAAUUUUGCUCUUCCAACUUCAUAA